AAAAAAUGUACAUCGUUUUGGAAAAUUUACUCAUCUUUCUUCAUGUGAUCAUGAAAUUUUUCGUCAUAGAUAUAUUCUGUAUUGGUACUGGUGCAUGGAACGAACAAUUUCUCGCGACUGUAAGAGAAAUGAAUGAAUCUCCAAAUUUAUGCCAACAAGGCAGACAUCAGUCACCAAUUAAUAUCUUGACCAGUAAUCUUGUAUAUGAUCAUUCUUUGCCUGUAAUGGAGAUAGAAGGGUUAGAAAAGCAACUUGAGUUGAUUGUGGAAAAUUCUGGAUAUGAUGUACGCAUCAGUCUAACCAGUGAGUCAGUACAAUUAAAUGGUGGUCCAUUUUCAUAUGUCUAUCAAAUCGCCUUUAUGCACAUUAAAUUUGGAUCUACAUCAACUCAAGGAUCAGAACAUAAAAUCAAUGGCAAAGCAUUCCCAGGAGAACUACAAAUUUAUGCAUUUAACAGUGAUUUAUAUCACAAUUUUUCAUAUGCAUCUCAUCGUCCAAAUGGAAUAUUAGCCGUCAGUGUCUUUUUCAAAAUUGGAAAUAUGACAAACAAAGAUCUGCUGGGUGUUGUGGCUGCAGCUGAGCAAACAAUUUUUAAAGGAGAAACAUUCAAACUGAAAGGUCUUGAACUACGUUCUCUAUUAACCUCAACUCAUGAGUUUAUGACUUAUGAAGGGUCACUGCCGUUUCCUCCAUGUCAAGAAACAGUAACCUGGAUUAUACUCAAUCAUCCAAUAACCAUUAGUGAAACUGAAUUAAAAACCCUUCGACGACUUCGUGUUGCAAACACAUUAUGGUCAGGAUCAAUGGCUGACAAUUUUCGACCAGUUCAAGCUAUCAAUAAUCGAUCAGUUCGUACAAAUAUAAAUUUUCAUAGUCCGUCAGAAAAUGAUGAAUACAUACAAUGGAAUGUUGAGAAAUUUCUGUGUACAUGUCAAAACUCAAUUGACAUUAGAUAUAAAAAGAGGAAUGACUGGAGUAAAAAACUACCCCAAAAUUUGGAUAAGUUAGCAUCAUGA